AUGCUGAGCUCAGGCCUGCGAAUUCCCCUCCUGCCCCUCCUUCUCCUGUGGCUCACACUGAUGGAGCUGAGCUGGUCCUUUACAGAGAAAGACAAGAAGCUGAUCGUGGACCGGCACAAUUGGUUCCGUUCUCAGGUCUCUCCUCCAGCUGCAGACAUGCUGAAACUGAGCUGGGAUCCAGAACUGGAAGCUUUUGCCAAAGACUAUGCAGAAAAAUGCGCCUGGAAACACAAUGAAGAGCGUGGUCAGCGUGGUGAGAAUCUCCUUGCUACAUCUGGAGACCUAGAUUUGGAGAAUGCAGUGGAGGAGUGGUACAAGGAGAACCAAUAUUAUAAUAUGACCACAUUAACAUGCGAAGAGGACCAGAUGUGUGGUCACUAUACACAGGUGGUCUGGGCAACCAGCGAGCGUGUUGGCUGCGGGACAGUGUUCUGUGAGACUCUGCAUCUUACGAAUGACACAGACAUGAAUCUGUUAGUCUGCAACUACGAACCUCCGGGGAAUGUAAUCGGACAUAAGCCAUACAAGGAAGGAGCUCCAUGUUCCAUGUGCCCAGAUGGCUAUUCCUGUAAGGAUUCGCUCUGUGCAUCCAGUGCUGAUGUAGAUGCAACCAUUGAACCAACCAUCGAUGACUCAACCAGUAAAGCAACCACUGCAUCUCCUGACCCGACAAAACUAGAAACAACUGCUAUCUUGACUACAAGGCCAACUCUGCCACCCACCAGUACAAGUGCAUCAGGAGACAUACCAGAAACUCUCACUACUGGCCCAGAAGUGGAAUCUCAACCUACUACAACCAAAGAUACCACAGACAAUUUUACGCCGUCCCCAUCUCCCCUCAUUCCGCAGCGUUCUACCCCAAAGUCACCCUCCAUCCCUAAACCACGGCCCACCCCUAUACGGCCCACCACUGCUAAGACGCCUCCUCCCCCCCGUAAGGCCGUGCCCUUCCGUCCGCCUCCCCCCCCUCUUAAGAAGGCUCCCAUCUCCAAAACCCCUGCGCGGCACCGUUUGGCAGCUUAUGCCAAAGCAAUAAAGGGGCAGCACAAUGCUGAACACAAUGAUGUUCGGUCCUCAGCGCACAAGGCCGCGUCUAUGUCUGUCUGCCUGCCCUGCCUUGGAUGUAAAAAAAUUAGCCAAGCUGAAGAAAUAAAGGCUGCACUGAAAGAGCUGUCCUCCAGAUACCCCUAUGCUCCUUGCUUUUCCCCACUUCCCCGAUGGCAGAGGCACAGCAAGUGCAGCUGGUGUGGGCACACUUGGGGCAAUGCACUUAGGAAGGCCAGGCCUUAUUGGCUCAACAGUUUAUAGCGAGUGUGCGAUCAGAUGUAUUUAUAUGCAGAGCCACCCAUCUUCUCUUUUGUGCAUGCAUGUGUAUGCUUGCCCAUGUGCAUGCAUGCAUAUUUUUUCCUUUCUGCACUUUUGUGAGUGUACUAGCCUGCUGGGAUUGGAAUAGCAUUGUAGGAUGCCCAAUGGAUGAACACUCUGUAGAACAUGGUCCAGAGCUCAGCCAAACCAUGACGCUUGUGACAAUGCUCAAGGAGUUUAUCGGGAAAUGUAGUUUCUUUCCACAGCCCCCAUGUUCCCCUCAG